UCUUCACAUGAUCCCAUUUAUUUCCCUGGCUUAUUCUGUGACAGCACAUGAGACCUGGGACUUCUGGGACUCCAGGGACUGGGUCUUAUGGUUGCACUAGGAUGACUAGAGAUAGCUGACUUGAUUCUCCCUUUUGAUAUGCACUAUGUUCCUGGUCUGCAUCCCCUGCUCAUUGCCCCCUUUGGAUGGUGUGUGGGGACUGGAGGACUACUGGGCUUAGCGCUCACAGCUGCCCCUGCUGCUAUUGGCUGCUCGGCUCCGGUCGCUGUCCGUGGUGCUGAAGCCGGCUCCGGUGCAUAGCUCUGCUGCAGCUGCCAUUGGCUGCUCGGCUCCGGUCGCUGUCCGUGGUGCUGAAGCCUCGCCAGGGUCCGGCACACGGUGCAGUGAGCAGAGGCGGAUAGUGGGCGCUGUGAGACCAGAGCUUGGCUGCUCCGGAAGGAAGAGAGGUGGCGGCGGCGGCGGCGGUGGUGGAGGGGAUCUAGGACUCUGCUCGCCCCCGCUGCGCGCUCCCGUCUGCCAGCCUCUUCUCUUUCUCUCUGUGAGUGUCUGAAUGAACAAUACUGAGACACAAGGACCACAUCUGCAUCCAGGAGCCAGGGCAGCAGCCUCCAUCUUCCAGACACCAUCAGCCCCUCCGCUCUUGUGCUAUAGCCUUCGGAUUGCCCACAACCUCCCCGGCAUGCAGCUGAUCUAAUAUCAGGGCUGCAGAAAGGACACAGGAACGCCGUUCUCUUUGGAUGCUCUGUUUUCUUCUUGGAAAUGCACAAGAUUAUGUAUAUUUCUGUCUUCCUGGUUCCUGUUCUGUGGGGACUGAUUAUUGGAGUAUAUUCCAAUGGUAUACAAAUAGGAGGGUUAUUUCCAAGGGGUGCAGAUCAGGAAUACAGUGCAUUUCGGGUAGGGAUGCUUUUCACUUCCAAUCAAUUCUUUAGGCUGACGCCCCAUAUCGACAAUUUGGAGGUAGCUAACAGCUUCGCUGUAACCAAUGCUUUCUGCUCCCAGUUUUCAAGAGGAGUCUUUGCUAUUUUUGGAUUUUAUGAUAAGAAGUCUGUAAAUACUAUCACAUCGUUUUGUGGAACUCUUCAUGUCUCCUUCAUAACCCCAAGCUUUCCGACAGAUGGUACUCAUCCAUUUGUUAUUCAAAUGAGGCCGGACCUCAAAGGAGCACUUCUUAGUUUGAUUGAAUACUAUCAAUGGGAUAAAUUUGCAUAUCUUUAUGACAGUGAUAGAGGUUUAUCAACACUGCAAGCUGUGCUGGAUUCUGCAGCUGAGAAGAAAUGGCUAGUGACAGCAAUCAAUGUAGGCAACAUUAAUAAUGACAGGAAAGAUGAGAUGUACCGAUCCCUCUUUCAGGAUCUGGAAAUAAAAAAGGAAAGAAGGGUGAUUCUUGACUGCGAAAGGGACAAAGUAAACGACAUUGUGGAUCAGGUAAUUACCAUCGGUAAACAUGUUAAAGGAUACCAUUAUAUCAUAGCAAAUCUGGGCUUUACAGAUGGAGAUUUAUCAAAAAUCCAGUUUGGAGGAGCCAAUGUAUCAGGAUUUCAGAUUGUUGACUAUGAUGACCCUGGAGUUUCCAAAUUCAUAGAGCGUUGGUCAACACUAGAAGAAAAAGAAUAUCCUGGUGCACACACUUCAACAAUUAAGUAUACUUCUGCUUUGACGUUUGAUGCUGUCCAAGUGAUAACUGAAGCUUUUCAUAAUUUACGGACUCAGAAAAUCGAACUCUCUAGGAGAGGAAAUGCUGGUGACUGUUUAGCAAAUCCUGCGGUACCAUGGGGCCAUGGAGUUGAAAUAGAAAGAGCACUCAAACAGGUCCAAGUGGAUGGUUUGACAGGAAAUAUAAAAUUUGAUCAAAAUGGUAAAAGAGUGAAUUAUACAAUCAACAUCAUGGAACUUAAGAGCAAUGGACCUCGUAAGAUCGGCUACUGGAGCGAAGUUGAUAAAAUGGUGGUAACUAUAAGUGAUGUAUUGUCUGCAAAUGACUCCAUGGGUCUGGAAAACAAAACUGUCAUUGUCACAACUAUUUUGGAAGCCCCAUAUGUGAUGUAUAAGAAAAAUGCAGAUCAAUUUGAGGGAAAUGAUCGCUAUGAAGGAUACUGUGUUGAUUUGGCAACGGAAAUUGCCAGACACUGUGGAUUUAAGUACAAACUGACGAUAGUUGGUGAUGGAAAGUAUGGCGCAAGAGAUGCUGAAACAAAAAUAUGGAAUGGAAUGGUCGGUGAAUUAGUUUAUGGGAAAGCUGACAUUGCAAUUGCUCCAUUAACUAUCACUCUGGUGAGAGAAGAAGUGAUAGACUUCUCAAAACCAUUCAUGAGUUUGGGAAUAUCAAUUAUGAUCAAGAAGCCUCAGAAGUCAAAACCAGGAGUGUUUUCUUUUCUUGAUCCUUUAGCCUAUGAGAUCUGGAUGUGCAUAGUGUUUGCUUAUAUUGGGGUCAGUGUAGUUUUAUUCCUGGUCAGCAGAUUUAGCCCAUAUGAAUGGCAUACUGAGGAGUUUGAAGAUGGAA